AAUUAUAUCGAAAAGGCUAUAAAAUCGUUGAAUAUUUAGGAUGGACUUAUAUGUUAAAGUGGCUAUCAAAUCCUGAAUAUUAUCAUAUUAAUGAAUCUGGUAAUGAAAGAAUUGUUAGAAGAUUAGAGUAUGCGCAUUACAUGUAUAAAACGCAUGGCAAAUCAUAUUCAUGCGAUUCACUAAAAAUCAACUAUUUCAAAACUAAAUAUCUUUAUAUCCUAGAAGAAGAAAUUAACAUAGAUUUCUCAGAUUCAAACAAUAAUUGUAUGUGUGCUGAAUUUUCCAGACCAUGA